UAUAUAAGCCCCUACACUCUCUCCAUUUUGUAUCAUCUUUAGCAAGUUUCUACUUCUUUAAUUCUUUCUGAAAAAAGGAAAGAAAAACACUUAGAAAAUAGAGAUGGAGUCUGAAUACUUGUCUAGCAAUGGCGGAGGAGAGAUAGGGGGUGGCGUUAACGGCGGCGAGAAACAAGUAGUGGCGGUGGCUAACAAGAGAGCAACGAGUUUACCCGAUUUGGUUUUGCGGUUUUUGGCUUUGGCACUUACGCUGGCGGCAGCUGUGCUUCUUGGCGUCAAUAAGCAGUCGACUGUGGUACCAAUAACUUUGGUGCCAACGCUGCCACCGGUGAAUGUUGAGGUCACAGCGAAGUGGCAUUACUUGUCUGCCUUUGUGUACUUUGUGGUGGCAAAUGCAAUAGCAUGUGCCUAUGCAGCCAUCUCACUUCUACUCACAAUGGCAAAUAGGGCAGGAAAGAGAUGUUUGGGAAUGAUAAUAACAAUCUUUGACCUAGUAAUGGUGGCGCUCCUCUUUUCCGGUGUCGGUGCCACCUUCGCUGUUGGCCUUAUCGGGUUUCAAGGGAAUUCACACGUGCAAUGGAAGAAAGUGUGUAACGUGUUCGAUAAAUUCUGCGAUCAAGCGGCCGCUGCAGUUGGCAUCUCCUUUAUUGGUUCAAUGUUCUUCUUCUUGAUGGUUUUUCUUGCUACUUUGAACCUCCACAAGAAACGUUACUGAAAAAUGCAUUAUUAUGUGUUAAUGAGUUCACCAGUAUGUAAAAAAUGUACUAUGUUUGAUGUGUUAAAUUUUACUAUAUAUCAAAUCCUUGUAAGAAGAUAAAAAUUUUUGACUUUGGUCUCAUUAAGUAAUCCGAAGAUUCCAAACGUUCGCA